UGUGAGCUUCCAUUCAUUUCCUGAGAACUGCCCUGUGCAGCUGAGAGAAGCGGAGAGGGGAGGGAGUCACACGAAGAGAGAGCGAGAAAGAGGACUGUAUAAGGAAGAGAGUUUCUGUCGCUCUGCAGCUCCUGAUCAGACGCCAUCAAAAACAGGAUGUUAAUGCUAGACGGAAUGCCUGCAGUCCGAGUCAAAGUAGAACCUCUGGAAUCUGAAAGUGGGAGCAGGCCUGAUGGAGCACAGGGUUGUGGAGAGCCACAGCUGCAGCAGGAAUGCUCCCAGUGCCUCUAGUCAUGGCCACUGCAGCCAUCUUGGCAGGGCUCAAUCACAGAUGCAGAGACACCGCUUUACCUAAAGUGCACAAUUACCCUCAUAUGGAGGCCAUGCCCCUCCUGCUCAGCAAAGUGAAAGCAGAGCCUCCAGAAGAUCUUCUAUCUUCCGAGCAGUUCCAGACCCAGACAGAGCCAGUGGACCUGUCCAUCAAGACACGGACAUCAUCUCCUUCGUCUAACACCUCAGCCUUCUCUCCAUCCUCUUCUUCAUCAUCAUCAUCCUCACCUUCCGUCAUCACCUCCAUCUCUUCUGGAAUGCCCUCUGUGUUGACACCUGGGCCCUUUGUGGGCUCUUCACAAGGAGUUAGAAGCCAGCAGUUUUUGCACAUCAUCCACUCUGUCCCCCCUUCAAGCCCCAGUAAACUGGCCAGCCAGGUGCACCGCAUCCCUGUGGUGGUGCAAUCGUUGCCCCUCAUGUACACCACGGCUGUACGCUCUCCUUCCACCCUCAACUCCACUAUCAUGUUACCUCUCCUGGACCAAGCCAAGUGCCAGGGCAAAGCACAAACAGACCCCAAUGGCCUGUCGCCAAGUCAAAUCAAAAGUGACAGCGAUGAUGAUGACCUGCCAAACGUGACCUUGGACAGUGUUAAUGAAACAGGAUCCACAGCUUUGUCUAUAGCCCGAGCAGUGCAGGAUUCUAUGUCACCAUUCAGUAUUGAGAGCAUUCGACGGCCACAGCCACCUGAAUCUCCAGACUCCAAGAAGAGACGUAUCCACAGGUGUGACUUUGCGGGCUGUAAUAAAGUUUAUACCAAGAGCUCCCACUUAAAGGCACACCGGAGGACACACACAGGUGAGAAGCCAUACAAGUGCACCUGGGAUGGCUGCACAUGGAAGUUUGCCCGCUCUGACGAGUUGACACGACAUUACCGUAAACACACAGGGGUCAAACCCUUUAAGUGUGGGGACUGCGACCGAAGCUUCUCCCGUUCAGACCAUCUGGCCCUGCACCGCCGUAGACACAUGCUGGUCUGAACUGGGUCAUCUAACUCACAUAUCCUUGCACAUACACACCCACACACAUAAGGGGGGAGCUGGGUCUCCCCAAAUAGUGUUCAGCUGGCUGGACACAGACAUGGCCAUCCCUGCCCCUGAGAAAGUGAGAGAGGAUAAAAGAAAAACUGAGAUAAAGUAUUAUGAUGAUUUCCACACAUCUGAAGACCUUAACAGGGUCCAUUCAGGUGGCGAUGGAGGAGGCUAUUCUACAGCUACCUGUCAUUCUGAAGUUUGGAGUCCAGGAUGUUCGUGUCUGCCUGAAAAAAUUCUUCACUUGGAUAAAUAGAUUGUUUUCUGGUUUUUCUUUCUGAAUCUUCCUUGUGUUCUACUAAAAUAUGGCUGCUUUUCAGUCAACAUCUACAAUGUGAAGAAAUGCAGAAAGGAAUGGCUGUACAUGUUGUCAUUCUGGUCCAAGCCUUAUCUGGGCUGCACCUGAGGCAGAUGUUGGCCAAGUUCACAUGGUGAUGAAGGCAAAAGUGGGACUGACCAUUAAUAGUGUUGUUGCACAAUUUCUUGCAUUUACCUUUGUGGAACAUCAGCAGCCAGGCACAGCUAAGAUGUAUCAAUGGGUUGUUCUUUUGAUGACUGAUUGGUGACUUUGGACCAGUGAUUUCUUGAUGAGAGGAACAGAGGUUGUCAUUUACUACAGGUCAACACACAAGCAAAUGAGAUUACACAAAGCAACAUAUCAAAAAUGUUAUUUAUGGUCAUUGUAUCUUCUGUUUCCCCAAAUGCAGAUUUUCAAUUUAAAUUGAGACUUAAUGAAUUUGAUCCCUAUAUAAAACAGAUGAACAGAAAGGCAGUGGAGACCAGCAUGUAUUUCAAUCUUUGUCCAGUCAUGUUUAUGCUUGUUUAGUGCUGAUCUAGCUGGUGGACCAGCAUCGGCAUACUAUUCUCCAGCACUUAGUGAAGCUGGUUGACCAGGAUGUCUUGCUGGUUUAGUGAACUAAGAAGCCUGGUGGAGACAAAAAUGCAACAUAUCCUGGUGAUCAGUUAAGGUUUUUUUUUAAUACACCUAAGAACUGAUGUGCACAAUUUAUUUUCCUCUGCCUUCUCUCCUGUCUUGUUAAACUGUCGCCUGGCACCACAGCGCAUCCUGCUUGCGCAGCUCUUGACUGCCCAAAGCGUUGAAGUCAGGUGUGCUCCUGUAAACAAGGUCAUUCUUGCGUGCGCGCCAGUUUCAAAUGAGUGACAAGGUGAAUUACCACUUAUAUUUCGGUCUGUUCCUCACACAACACUGUCAUAUGGCUUCAGAAAAAUUUAAAUAUAAGGCACGGGUGUUUUAGAUUACUUAAUGGCGCUUUCGGAGCUUGGAAAGCCACGAACACCUUCAUCUCGUCCCUCACGGGUGUUUCACGGAUGAAAAAAGUAAAACCGGGUUUGAACGACAAGGGUGAGUAAAUGAUGGCGGAAAGGUUAGUUUUUAUUAAAGUUUAUCAGUAUAAUUAAGCAGGUGUUAAUUAUUGUCCAGAGGUCCUGAUCACGACUGUAACAGCGCAUAGACGACGCUGUCACGUGAUACUUGUUACCUUUUUCAGCGCUGGCCAGGAUGCGACAAUCACAGUCAUUUAUUAUUACUGGAUUUUUUUUUUUUUUUUACAGAAGAGCAAUAUAUCAUUUCCGAUAGUGCUAGCCUGGUACGGUCCCUUGUACUUGCGUAGGCUUAUAUCAAGUGGCUUUGAAUCAUGCACAAAACUCUGGAUUUCUAACUGUGCCACUUUUGUUUUCUAUAAUUCACAUACUCUCUACCACAUUUUAGAGGUCUUGCAACUUUGUAGAAUAUGCAGAGGAAGUCUUAAGAAGGUUAUUUCCUUUAUUUGUGAGAUUGCUUGUAGAUGAACUGCUAAAUUGCAAGUGUCAAUGAUUAGUACAACAGCUUUGCAAAAAUGAGAGAAAAUGGCUUUUUCCUUUACCAUGUAUUUUCUAAGAAUCCAGAUUCAGUUGUAUAGCAUUUUACGGAAUGCGCUAAGUACUGUUUGAAAUGCAUCAGGCAAGGUCUUUGCAAACUUCAGUGCAAGCAUUUGUCUACUUCACUGUUUAGUUUUUUUUGUUUUUUUAGUGUCAGCCUUGCAUCACACCAAAUUAAAGGGAUAGUUCAACCAAAAAUGAAAAUUCUCUCAUCAUUUACUCAUCCUAAUGAUAUACAAAAUAUUACUUAAUUUCUUCAGCACAACUUUUGAAGAAAAUUAGAAUAAUAUCUCAGCUCAGUAGGUCCUUAAAAUGCAAGUGGAUGGUGAUAAUUUGAAGCUCCAAAAAUCGCGUGUGAAAAAGAUCAAUAUGUAAGUAUUUUUUUUUUUUACUCUAAAUCAUUGCUUUCGGUCAUUAGCGGUAUGCAUAUGUGACGUAAUCAUUUUGGCACGUGAAAAACAUGAGAACUGAGGCACUUGUGGGACACAUGGAUGAGCAGUGCUCUUUGUGUGCUUAUCCUGGAUGUCUCAACCGUGAGAAGAACGUGAGUUUACAUCCAUAACAUGUUAAUGCAAAUACAUCACACAAGAGACCACAUGCUCUCCACCCUUUUGUGAAGCUUACCAGAAGGGACUAUUUAGAGUUAAAAAGUACUUAUAUAGAUUUUUUUUCUGCACCAGAAGUGAUUGUAUUGCUUUAGAAGACAUUAAUUUAACUGCUGGAGUUGUAUCGAUGAUGUUUAUGCUGACUGUCUGUGAUUUUUUUAUUUUUAAGCUUCAAAUGUCGAAUCACCAUCCACUUGCAUUUUAAGGACCUACAGUUGAAGUCAGAAGUUUACAUGCACUUAGGUUGAAGUCAUUAAAACUCAUUUUUUAACCCCUCAGGUUUAUUAUUAGCAAACUAUAGUUUUGGCAAGUCGUUUAGGACAUCUACUUUAAGUAAUUUUUCCAAAAAUUGUUUACAGACAGAUUGAGAUAGAUAGAGAUGAAUGUAGUUUGGUGCGAAAGUGCAAAUCAAUCCCAGAACAACAGCAAAGGACCUUGUGAAGAUGCUGGAGGAUACAGGUAGACAAGUAUCUAUAUCCACAGUAAAACGAUUCCUAUAUUUACAUAGCCUGAAAGGCUGCUCAGCAAGGAAGAAGCCACUGCUCCAAAACUGCCAUAAAAAGCCAGAAUACAGUUUUUUUUAAGUCCACACUCUUACUUUUGCAGAAAUUUCCUCUGUUCUAAUGAAACAAAUAUGGAACUUUUUGACCAUAACGACCAAUCGUUAUGUUUGGAGGAAAAAGGGUAAGGCUUGCAAGCCGAAGAACAACAUCUCAACCGUGAAGCAUGGGGUGGCAGUAUCAUGUUGUGGGGGUGCUUUGCUGCUGGAGGGUGCACUUCACAAAAUGUAUGACAUCACAAGGGUGGAAAAUGAUGUGGAUAUAUUGAAGCAACAUCUCAAGACAUCAGCCAUGAAGUUAAAGCUCAGGCGUAAAUGGGUUUUCCAAAUGGACAAUGACCCAAAACAUACCUCCAAAGUUGUGGCAAAAUGGCUUGAGGACAAGGUAUUGGAGUGGCCAUCACAAAGCACUGACCUUAAUCUGAUUUGUGGGCAGAAUUUAAAUGUGUGUGCAAGCAAGGGAGGACUACAAACCUGACUCAGUUACACCAGUUCUGUGUUGAGGAAUGGGCCAAAAUUCCAGCAACUUAUUGUGAGAAGCUUGUGGAAGGCUAUUCAAAAUAUUUGAUCCAAGUUAAACAAUUCAAGGCAAUUUUACCAGAUACUAACAAACUGUAUGCAAACUUAAGUUGAAAUAAAUCAUUCCCUUUACUAUUAUUCUGACAUUUCACAUUCUUAAAGUAAAGUAGUGAUCCUAACUGACCUAAGAAAGUGAAUGUUUUCUACGAUUAAAUGUCAGGAAUUGUGAAACUUAGUUUAAAUGUAUUUAGCUAAGGUGUAUUUAAACUUCUGAAGGUGUCUUCAACUGUACUGAGCUGAGAUAUUUAUUUUUUUAUUUUUUCAAAUGUGUCUUGGUAAAGAAAGAAAGUCACACAGACCUGGGAUAUCAUGAGGGUGAGUAUAUUAUGAGAGAAUUUUAAUUUUGGGGUGAACAAUACCUUUAACAAUUCCCAAAGUUACCAGUAGAGAGCAGUGGGGUGAAUAUCAAAGGUAUCUCUGAUAGGCUCUCCAGAUUACCGGUUUCUUUUUUCACAAUAUUCUUUGUUUUAUGCAUUCAUGCUUAACCUGUAAAUGUAUUAAAUUAUUUACUGAGCCAUAUGCCCUGCCAUUCGAAUAUUUUACAAUCUUCUUUUAAGAAUCGUCUCUUUAUCAAAAAAAAAAAAUAUAUAUAUA